CGAGCGGCUUUAAAAUGUCAAAGCUGGAUCCAAUUUGCCAGCGCGGGAGCGAAAGGAUGAGGGGGACGUCUCUUCAUCGGGGCUGAGGCAGCCCUUGCUUGUCGGACGAUGAGGCUCUCUUGCAAAGUGGUGGCCCUGGCGCUCUGCCUGGCGCUCCUGCUGCUCCUCUACCUCUUGGUGGGCAACGCCGACGAGCCGCCUUUGCCAGCGGCGGGGGAAAGCCCCUCGGGACCCGUGGCCGCCGCGAACAACGUCGCCUCGCCGCUCCAGACUCGCUUCAGACCCGUCCAGCCGGCGGAGCCAGAGAAGGAAAAGGCGGCUCGGGUUUCCAAGCGGGAGCCACGUCCCCACCGAAAAGCAGGCAAACGCAGCGCGGGUCGAGCCAGAGGGAAGUCAACGAACCUUCGGAGACCAAAGGACCAAAAGCAUUCUGCAGCCCAGUUUUCUUCAGUGCAAUGGAUGCAUCUUGCGGUUGUAGCAUGUGGCGACCGGCUGCUAGAAACUCUCAACAUGCUGAAAUCAGCAGUUCUUUUUAGCAACAAGAAGCUCAAAUUUCAUAUUUUUGCUGAGGAUUCCCUGAAGCCAGAAUUUGAGAAGAAAUUAGAGGAAUGGCCUACCUCUUUCUCAAAGAAGUUUGAAUACAAUGUCUACCCAAUCUCCUUCUCAGUUGGAAACGCUGAAGAGUGGAGAAAAUUAUUCAAGCCAUGUGCUGCCCAACGCCUCUUUCUUCCGAUGAUUUUGAAGGAUGUAGAUUCCCUUCUGUAUGUGGACACCGAUGUCUUAUUCCUGCGACCCAUUGAUGACAUUUGGGGCUUUCUGAGAACUUUUAAUGCCACCCAGCUGGCUGCAAUGGCACCGGAACAUGAAAUACCAAAGAUUGGCUGGUAUAGUCGUUUUGCUCGCCACCCAUAUUAUGGAACCACUGGGGUGAAUUCUGGUGUCAUGCUAAUGAAUUUAACCCGAAUAAGAAAUACCCAAUUCAAGAACAACUUAAUACCAACAGGCUUGAAAUGGGAAGAGAUGUUGUACCCUUUAUACCAAAAGUAUAAAAAUUACAUUACGUGGGGAGACCAGGACUUGCUAAAUAUUAUUUUUUACUUCAAUCCAGAAUGUCUCUAUCUCUUUCCCUGUCAGUGGAAUUAUCGACCAGAUCACUGCAUGUAUGGCAGUAACUGCAAAGGAGCAGAAGAAGAAGGCAUUUCAAUUCUGCAUGGGAAUCGAGGAGUCUAUCAUGAUGAUAAACAACCUACUUUCAAAGCACUCUAUGAAGUGAUACGUGAUUUUUCCUUUGAAGACAAUCUCUUCCAGUCGAUGUACUAUCCUCUCCAGACCAAGUUCCUCAAUACUGUACACACUUUAUGUGGGCGAAUUCCACAAGUUUUUCUGAAACAAAUUGAGAGAACCAUGAAGAAGGUCUAUGAAAAACAUGUGAUUGUCAAUGUUGGAGCCAAUUUCAGAUUAUAAUCAUAGCAAUAUAUUUUAAUGGUCGCCCAUCAUAUCCCACCCUGGGGCUUUUGUCACCCAUCAUAUCCCACCCAGGGGCUGUGAACUAAAAGUUCUGUGCUGGUUUUUUUGCUACAGUUUUGUAAACAGGUACCUGGGAGUAAGAUUCAUAAAGCUUAGUAAGACAUUUCUGACCAGACAUGUAUAGGAUUGCAUUGAGUCAGUUGUUGCUUAAGCAAAAUGGGAAGGCUUUUAUUUAAUUAUAAUAAUGACCAUGCCAUUCUUUAGCUUGAUGGUUAAGGUAUGGCAAUGGUUUGAAUUCUGAAAAAAAAGAAAAGAAAAAUACUGUUGCAGGUAACUUGAGGAACAUAAAUAUUUGGAAACUGUUAAGACACAGAUACAAGGAGAAUUUCUCUGUAAUUCUAAGAGAAAGCUCCUACAAUAUUUCUUGUGCUGGAAAAUAACUGUGCUGAUAAUACCUAAUGAUAUAACUUAGCUUGUACAAUCACAGAGGAAUGGAUUUUGCAGCUCAUCAUUCAAUGUAUGUUGUUGCUUUGAUGCUUUGCUCUUUGAUGUUUUUAUCUUUUUGGAUUUUGGCAUUCCAUACUAUCAACUCUCUUCAAACCUAGAGUAGAAGAUGCCUUUGGUUUUUUUUAUCCUUCUCUUUACACCAAUUCACAGAGUAUCCACUUUUGGUACCAUAUAAUUGUCUUUGAGAUGAACCUAGUCCAUUCAGCUGUUUCAGCAGGGGAAAUUAGCCUUCCUCUCUCCUUCCAUUCAUGGCAUUUGAUUCACCACAGGAUGUUACUUAUCUUAAAACCAGAAGGAUUGUCAACUUGCUACUUUGACACCUGAGGAUAGUAAGGUGAAGGUUAAUUUCUUCUUUUUGCUAAUGUUUACAUGAUAAAAUCAGCAACUAUUGCUUGUGUUAUUUCUUUACAGAUUGGUGGAAGGACUGUAUGUAAUGAACCAAGUAGAUUCUUGUCUGAAACAUGUUUUCACUAGUUAUUAAGGUGAUAUUCUCCACUUUGCAUGAUGUAACAUACAGUUGCCUUUAUUAUCUCACCAAGUUUUUAUAUAUCAAUUUUGUUAUCUGCUAUCUUUGCUACAUGUGAUUAAGACAGCUAUUAUUCCAAACACAGCUAUUCUUCCAAACACCUUUAUCCAUUCCUGAGUUAAAAUGAAGAACAAUUUACAGGAAUAUAUUUUUGUCAUUUUGCAUAUGGAAUUUGAGGAACAGAUGUUUCAUAUAGAGUUGUACAAUAUGUUCUAGAUAGCUUUUUUCUGUCUCAAAUAUUUUUGUAGUAAGGAGAACAUAAGGGACAACCGUAUUUUUCAUUAUAUUACACUCUGAAACAGCUUUAGAACUGUUUCCUUCUUUACAUUUUUGCCAAAUAUCUGCUAAAACAUAGGACAGAAUUUACUACACGUUGAACAAAAUCUCACUUUAGUAAUAAGAUGGUCUAUGGGGGUGAAUUUGAUGUUAGUUAGUGUGGCCUGUUAUGACUGUAACCUGACCUGUAGAAUGGAACCAUAUGAGAUGGUGAGCUAAGAGAUCAACCAGAGGGUAAAAGAAAAUCUGGUUGGAUUUGUAUGUGUCACCCUGUGGAUAAGUUAAGUGAAUUUGAAACUGCUACUAUACUAAUGCCAAAAUAGUUUGUCUGAUGCUAUUGCUCCUUGAAGUGUAACAGCAAAACCAAAAGGGUAACAGCAUACCACAUCCUCCUUUGUGGAUUUGUGUGUUUUUUGUCUCUCACAAAAAGGUCUUCCCUUUUGUACCUGUUUUUAAAACUGAAAUCUCACUUGAGUAUAACUGCAGGAAAAUUCAGAAUGCUUUGCCUAGCAAUUAUUAAAAAGAAAAGGUAGAUUUUUAUAAGAAGUAUUAGAAAAUCAAGCCCAUGGAAGAGGAAGAAGAGCUACAGUAAAUGCUUAUUUUAUAGCAGAUAUAAUAUUCAAAGGGAUGAAAAGAUCUAAUAUUAUCCCCCCCCCAAAGGAUGGAAUUAAAAAACAUGGAAAAUUGAUAUAAUUUUGAAACGUGAGUUUGGCCAUUUUUCACUUUGUGAAUUACAGCCUGGAUCAGUUGCUCUCUGCUAAAUCUCCAUUCAUGUGCAGGAUCUCAGGUGCACUGUAAAAUAUUUCAAAAUCUAAUAGUGCAAAGAUUUUUAAAAGUGGUAUUUGAUACAGUAUUUGAUUCCAGGACAGAUUUAGAAUUUGUCCAGUUCAAUUUCUCAAAUAGUGUCUUUAUUUAACCUUUUUGUAUCUCCUGUAUGAUACUCACAAGCAUAUACACAUCUCAAAGAAGAUUGAAAAAUACUUGGAUAUACAUCACAAAACUCUUUGAGAUUUGCCAUACAUUGAAGCAACAUUGCUGUUGCGGUUUUCUUUGAAAGAAAAAUAACCUAAAGUUUGUAGUAGGAAUUCUGCUCCACUUGAACUUUUGAUUUGAGUUACUUUAGUAGAUGUAUUGGAAAUUGAAUUCAAAGCAUAGACAUGAGGAUUAUCAUUAUUGUUCAAAGUCAAUAAUGAAUUCUGGUGUGUUACCAGAGCAUGUUUUUUAAAAUCAUUUUUGUGAAUUCAAAUUUCUUUUCAGAGAUAGUGUGAUUUUAAACAUAAAGAAGGAAACAGUUAACUUUCUUGUCACAUAAAGUAUUAUCUCUACCAUAUUUUGAUAUGUUUACAAAAAAUGCAAUGUUGCAUUAUAUUUUGGAUUGCUUUUUUAAAAACAAGCAAACCUAAAAUACUUUUUAUAUCUCCACUUGAUUUAUAAAGAAUUUAAUUUUCUAAUAGUGAAUUAACACUAACAGUUCUGCAAAGUAUUAGUAGACUUAUGCAAGGAAAAAUAUCAGUUUGCGUUCUGUUCUUGGGGCAUUGCUAGUAGACUACAUUGCAAAUCUCUUAAGAAAAAAUUUAAAAUAAUUAUAUAAAUAUAUUUACUGGAUAAAUGCUUAACUUGUUUAAAUAAAUAGCUUGCAAUUUUCAGCACAUUUCAUAUUAUAAUUUUAAUAACAUUUUUUCAAUGUUAAUAUAUACAAAAUAUUAAUUACUGAUUUUUAAAAAAUAACCAUUACAUAUAGAACACAUAAAUAUUUAUUUCAAUUUCCUCAUCUACAUGCUGUGUUAUUUUUUACAUUAGGAUAUGAGAAGGGGAUUUGCUACCUACUGUGAUUCAGUAGAAAGACUGCCAUCAAAAAAUUGUAAACCAAGGUAAAUUAAGGUUACAGGACUGGAGAAACGAGUGAAUUUAUAUUCUUGUUUUAAUAAUUUUGUGGUAAAACUAUACUUUAAUCUCUAAUUGCCUUAUAGUCGCUUAAUGUUUUCUGGUUGAUGGCUCUGUACAUUAAACUCUGUCAGUAACUGAAUAGCAAACACCCAAAUAAUGAACUAUAGGGCUGUAAUAAAUUGUUUACAUCUACAAUUAAAAGGAGAAUAGUUAUAUUGAUGAACUGUCACCAGUUCCUAUCCUAAAUCUCAAUCUUAAAUACAUUUCUAUCUGCAAAGUAUUACCUAUAGCUGAUUGAUCCUUUGCAGACCUAGACAUGUCUAUACCUAUUGAUUUUAAUGUUGAAUGUGCCAAAAUUCCUUUUAGUGCCAACUGCAAGUACACUUGCUUUCAGUAGCUGCCAGAUUAUUAUCUCAAAGACUUGAAGAAUCACAACUCAAAAUAGCCUGUCAAUAUAGAUACAGUUCUAUGUAUAUAGAGAUUCUUAGUUAUCCAGAUCAUAGUCAUCCCAAAGGUGACUAAGGUGCUCUUUCAAUUGUGAUCUGAUGUAUAUGAAUUUAACCUUGAUUUGGAAGGAAUUUGUCUUAUUGCCAAAUUGCUUUAAGGGGUCCUUGGUGCCCUUUGAGUUUGGUUGUUUUCUUGCAGACUUUUCAUUGCCCCAAACUGUUGUGUAAUGACUGCAAGAGUCACUACAUAGGACAAGCAGGUAGAAGACUGAUAAAAUACAUCCAUGAACACCAACUAGCAGUUAGAAGACAUGAUGAAAACUCCUUAAUUGCACAGCAUAUGGGCAGACUUAACUAUAGUUUCAACUGGGAAACUGUAGCCAUCCUAGACCAAGCCAAGUUCAAAAACGCUAGAGAAUUUCUAGAAGUCUGGCACUCUGACAAAUUAGCCAUUGAUAGAGACAUAGACAUAAACAAUAUCUACAUACUAUGCAAGAGACACUCAACAAGCCAAAAAGGGAACAAAAAGACCGAAACACCCCCACUUCACCAGCAGUUAGCAUCCAGAUGAAUAUAGAUUUAACUCCAAGAUUAACAUCAGACCAACAAUCAAGAAGUAAACAAUAUCCCAAAUGAGGAAUUCCCAAACAAGGUAACAGUAAGCAGGCCAGCCACGGAACCUGUAAAAUCACUCCUAUCAACAUGUCAGGGCAAGUCACUAGAAUAUAAACUGAGAUCAAAUUCUACUCGUUGCUAGCACUGAUAUUACAGUGUUUGUGUAAUAAAACAUCUGCAAAAAAAGCAACAACCCUCCAAGCUCAGAGGGCACGAAGGAGCACUCAUUUCAACCCCGAAUUACAAAUGUUCUCCUUUAUUGGCACACUGCUUUAAUUUACUAGAAUAAUAUCUCUAUAAUGUUCAGAAUGCCAGAGUCACCAGAAUGUUGAUACAACUUAAAAAUUCAUUCUCACCUUAUUUUUUUUUGUUCUAAAUCCAGUUGUAGUCAAGAAAAAAAUAUUUUUAGCACUAAGAAACUUCUUGAUGAGAUGUAAAGUACAGGUUUGAUCUCCAUCUGCUUCUAAAGUUAGUUGAUAAUUGUGUACCUAUAGGUUUUCUACAUGGCAAACCGUUGCCGAUUUCCAUCUAAGUGGAAAAUGAAAAAUGGAAUUUGCAUUACUUGUGUCUGUGUAAAAUUGCAAUCAAUGUCAUGUCACUUUACUAACUUGUAUAUUUCUGUUUGAUGAAGUGCACUGAAUAUUUAUGACUCCUAAGGAGGCAAUUAUAGUGUAUUUAAAGUCAUUUAUAAUUUUAGACCUUUCAGGUAAAUAAACCA